GGGAAGAUUGUUUUGGGGUUUUUGAGAAAUAUUGUUAAGCAAAAAGGGAGAGAGAAAGGGGGGAAAAUGAGGAAUAUGUGCAAAGGUUUUUGUUGAUAUAUAGCACCUACGAUAGAUUAAAAGCAAUGGAGGAGAAGAGAGAGAAAGAAGCGAACUCAAAGUCAUCAUCCACCAUGGCAAAUUCUGUGGCAUUUUCCGACGAGAUUCCCAACAUGACCAUGACCAUGUCCUUCCCUUUCUCCCCUGCUUUCUCCACCAUCUUCGACAUCAUGCCACCUCUUCCUCCACCGCCAUCUUCGUCCUUGCCUCACGAUCCAAAAGCUUCAAACUUUCCCUUCAUGGACUUGCUGUCUGUCCCUGAUUAUAUCCCUUCCUUAUUCGACUGGCCCCAAAACACCGCCGUCACCUCACCACCACCGCCACCAGCCCCCACCCAAAUCACCCACGCGCUUCCCUCCCCGGCCAGCUCCAAUGUCCCCGACGGAGGCUCCGAGGUCCUCAACACUCCUCCGUCUCCCAACUACUCCUCGAUUUCCUCCUCCUCGAAUGAGGCCGCCGCGGCCGCCGCCAACAAAGCAACUGGAAAUGAAGACGAACCGGAGGAGGAUGAAACGGCAACAGAUGCAGCAGGAAAAGGAGAAGACCAAGAUCAAGACAAGUCUAAGAAUCAGCCGAAGCCGAAAAAGAAGCACCAAAAGAAGCCAAGAGAACCAAGAUUUGCGUUCAAGACAAAGAGUGAAGUGGAUCACCUCGACGAUGGCUAUAGGUGGCGCAAGUACGGUCAGAAAGCCGUCAAAAACAGCCCUCAUCCCAGGAGCUACUAUCGUUGCACCACCGCGGCAUGCGGCGUGAAGAAGCGCGUGGAGCGUUCCUCGGAGGACCCUGCGGUGGUGGUGACAACCUACGAGGGGCAACACACGCACCCUUGUCCUGCCACGUCACGGGCUAGCCUCGGGUUCUUGCACUCCGAACCAAGCGCGUUCGGACCCACCAGUGGACUCUUCAUGCUGCAACAACAACAACACCAACAGUUUCGUCAUGACCAAGCACAGGCACAGGCACAAGCACAAGCUCAAGCUCAAGUAGCAAUGUUGUACAACUCCACAACCACCAGCACCUCGUCUUCAUCAUCACCUCUGAAUGUUGUUAACUCAGCUACUUGUAUAAACGACUAUGCCAAUACGUCGUCGUUGAGUGGGUUCCUUCAGAGCCAAGAGAAUCUGCGAGCUUUUGCGCUAUCUAGGGUGGGAGGUCCUCAGGGUUUCUUCAAUGGGCUUCUUCAGGACAUGCUGCCAACGCAGAUGAUGAAUGAAGAGAGGGGAGAUCGUGUCUAGGUCAUCAUCAUCAUCAUCGUCAGACAUGUAGUAGUAGUAGUAGUAGUAAUAUUUCAUCAUAGAACUUUUGACAUUAAUUACUUCAUUUUAAUUUUAAUUAUUUGCCUGUAUAUUAAUUAUAUUCUAUUAUUAAUAUCUUGCUACAAUGCUAUAUUAUGUAUGUAAGGUUGGUUAUCUAGCUAACUAGCUGAACAUAUGAUGAAAAGUGAAAACCUCUGUGGCCUUUUGGGGUGUUUUGUGUUUAAGAGAUUACCAUAGAGAAACCUCACUUCAAAUGGCUUGUGCUCAUAUAUAUGUAUGUAUGAAACAUUUUGGAGGUUCGAGAUUUUAGAUA